AUGGAAGACUUUAAACUUAUAGAAAGUGAUAUUCAACUAGCAUUAAAUGAUGAAAAUUUACAUUUUGAAAAAGAAGUUAAAGGUGGAAUAGUCAACAAGGCUGCUUUAUUUUCAUCAACAGAUUCCAGUCAAUAUUUCAUCAAAUUAAAUGACAAUGAUGUGGCAACUGAGAUGUUUGAAGCUGAAAGUAAUAGUUUAGACUUUUUAAGCAGAACUAAGAUUAUUGAUGUUCCUAAAUCAUAUAAGGUUUUAAAUAUAAGUAACAACGAAGUCAAUAAUUAUUCAGUACAUAUAUUAGAAUAUAUACCAGAUUUAGAACCAAUGACAACAUAUUGGUCAGAAUUAGGAGAAAAAAUAGCCAGGCUCCAUACUUUUAAUUCAUCAUUAAAAGAGUUAGCAGAUAAAAAAGAUGGUUUUAUACAGGGUGAUGAUAAUGAUGAUGAAAGUGAUUCUUAUGUUGAUAAAUUUGGUUCUUUAUUACCAAGAUAUUUAGGAAUAUUCCGUCUAGAUCCUGUACAGAGAUCCUCAUGGGAGGAAUAUUUUAUUGGUGAUAUACUGGAACCAUUACAAGUUGGACUUGCUAACAAGUAUGGAGAUAGAAGUCUGUUAUCUAAAUGGUCAUGGUUAAGAAUUCAUAUGUCAAAAUUGUUCCAAGAUGUAGAAAUCACUCCAGAAGUCAACCAUGGUGAUUUGUGUCAAGCCAAUUUUGGACAAACAUCAAAUGGGCCAGUCUUGUUCGAUCCAUCAGUAAAUUAUGCACACACAGAAUUUGAUCUGCUGCUAUCAUACCAUGAAGAGAGUUUCCAUGAUGAUUUUUUCAAGGGUUAUUAUGAAGUAUUGCCUGAACAACCUGGUAUAGAAAAGAGAAUGGAAGCCUACAAGUUUUUCUAUAAUGUAAUUAUGUGGUAUCAUAUAGAUGAUGAUAAAUAUAAAGUAGAAGCUCAUAAUUCAGCUGAUAAAAUCAAAGAUUUAAUAGAACAUCAAAACAAGUGA